CAAGAUCAUGUCCUCGUCAAGGCUCUGUCGAAGGCCAUGUCCUCGUCAAGGCUCUGUCGAGCAUCGCAACCUCGUCCCCGUCGAAGGCGCUCCGCGGCAAGCACAACGCGUGUCCUCGUUGUUAACAAGCACGACGAGGUCUGCAUUUCACACGUCAAGUACAACAGUCGGGAGGUCAAGGUCACCCAGGUCUACAGGAAGAAAUGGGUUAUCCAACGCUCGUCGCCAUCAUCCACCGCUCGCUUGUCAUCACCAUCCCCAUUCGCCGCUCGCCCUCGCCUGUCGUCUAAUCAAGCCGUAUAGUCCUCGAAUCAGGCCGUAAAGUCCCCGGAUCAAGUCGUGAAGCAACGUAUCGCCGUCCGCCG